CAACGGGGUUGUUUGACGUGUGAUGCACGAGGAAGUGCAGGUUUCAAUACUCUCGCUUACCUUGUGUACCUAGUAGGUACCUACGACGCUGUAACCGCGCAGUUUCUCGUUCCUUUCCUUUUGCAUAAUCGUGGAAUGCUAGACAUCAAUGCCGAGUCCAACAGCGCAGGAACUGUUCGAAUCAGCGAGACUCAGCUGAUCAAGCUGCUUGUUUAUUCAUCAUGGUCGCUGUUGUUCUGCUCGAAUGCGACGUCAACAUGCCGGGGUGCGGAUUUUUAUCAAGCAAUUCUCAGAUGGAAAUCAAGCAGUUAUAUUUUUCGGACGUUUCUCAAGCAAGUUAAGGCAAUUAUAGAACAGCAGUCAGACCAAAGCCUAAAAAAAAACUUCUGUUGUUGGACAUUGGUCGUUUUUCAAGCUUCAAAUAAGACUCUAGCGACCUCAACGAACAUCGUGGCGAUGAGUUCCUCGUCAAGUAGAGACGAUAGCUACGACAGCUACAGCAGUGACGACGGAUACGGAAGCUACGACACCACCGAUGAAUUGGGUUUAUGGCAUCUAUUCGACAGUGGCGACGACUGCGACGACUGCGACGACGAGGAGGAAAUUGUAGAUCUGGGAACGUUCGACUCAAAGAAAGCGGCAAGGCUGCAUGCAAAUCGUGCUCAGAACGUAAAAUACCGAUUUUUGACGAACAGUACCAGCACACUUCGUAAGACCUAUCAGUACAGGUGCUCUUCUCAUGAAGAUUGCGAGAGUGUGAUUCGAAUUAUAGUUUUGAAUGGAAGAUCCGAAUGUUCAAUGACUAUGUCGGGCCGCCACGGUGAUAUUGUCAGCAAUUCACCUCGGCAAGGCAUAGACAAACGUAUCGACGACGACGUGAACGCCAUAUUGGUGGGUUCCACCGGACCAAAAGCAAAGCAAAGGUUUGGAGGAAAACGUGCCUGGUCAAGUGAAGUCGUACGCACUCGACGGUAAAGUUUACGUGUGGUGAUGUGAAUUCGAACACGGUGCGACUGAAUAUUUAGAAGUGGAGGAACUUGCACACUGCAUUGAAAAGGCUGCACUAGCUA